AUGUCCGCAUCUCCCACAAGAGAAUCUUCAGCAAAUGCCAAUUCCUCAAAUGGUAUCAAUCCAGCCGACGAGAAACCGCGGUUAUCGGAACAUGAGAAGAAGGCUAAUCAUAUCGCAUCUGAACAAAAACGGCGCUUAGCAAUUCGCGAAGGCUUUGAUCGACUAGCAGAUUUAGUUCCUGGGCUAGAAGGUCAAGGGAGAAGCGAGAGUGUGGUUUUAAAGAAAACUGUGGAUUAUAUACGCAUACAGUUAGAGGAAAGGCGGCUAUUGGUUGAGGAGGCUGAGAGUUUGGGAGUGGUUGUUGAAGAGAGGUUGAAGGGGGAACCACCUGGUGCAGGGACUGCAGGCUUGGCUAGUAGAGGGGCAGGAUGGGCAGAUGGUAGUGGUUAA